GAUCUGAGUGCAUGGUGGAUUCUAGUGGGGAAUGUACUCUGGGUGUAAUGGAAAGUGCUAGGGCUAUGGGGGCAGCAGUGAGGAGGAGAGAAUGACCUACUGAAUGAUGUGGAAGAAGAAGAUGAUGACGAUGGGGAAUGGGAGACCGAAGAUGAUGAGAACAUGGAGGUGGUACGAGAUGACAGCGAUCUGACUUUCUCCAGGCACACAAAGGCAGUAUUCUGCUUGAGUUUGGACCCGAAGAGUAAUUCACUGGCAGUGACUGGUGGUGAGGAUGAUACAGCCUUUGUGUGGAGAUUGGCUGAUGGCGAGGUGCUGCUAGAAUGUACAGGCCACAAAGAUUCUGUCAUCUCAGCCUCCUUCAGUCAUGACUCUGCUCUGGUUGUCACGGGAGACAUGAGUGGGCUGAUCAAAGUCUGGAAAGUUGAAACCAAGGAAGAAAUCUGGUCAUUUGAAGUAGGUGAUCUCCAGUGGGUAGAGUGGCACCCUUGUGCCCAUGUGCUGCUGGCUGGCACAGAUGAAGGCAGCUGUUGGAUGUGGAAAAUCCCCAGUGGGGAAUGCAAAACCCUUUCAGGCUCUGGAUGCCAAGCGACCUGUGGCAAGAUCCUCCCUGAUGGUUACCGAGCAGUCAUUGGCUAUGAAGAUGGGACAGUAAGAAUCUGGGAUCUGAAACAAGGAUUGCAGCUUCACCUGGUGAAAGGGAAGGAUGGUCACCAGGGCCCCCUAACCUGUCUCGCUGUGAAUGACACUGGGAGCCUGGUCUUGACAGGGUCUGUUGACUGCACAGCCAAACUCCUCAAUCCUCUCACCGGCAAGGUGGUUGCUGUCUUUUCAGUCCCAAACAACACAAAGGAAUGUGUGGACAAAGAACAGAUGGAGGAUACGGAAUCCAACUCCAAUUCUGUCGAGUCAGUGGGAUUUUGUCGGGUGCUUCCCUUGGUUGCAGUUGGAUUUUUGGAUGGUACCAUGGUGAUCUGGGAUAUUCCAUCGCAGACGGUUCGACACAAGUGGCAGCUUCAGGCUGGCAUUGUGCAGCUGCUGUGGGAGGACCACUCACCCAUCAUAUACACAGGGAGCCUUGAUGGGGCCGUGCGCAUCUGGGACGCCAGGUCAGGAAGGAUGGAGGGUGAAUGCUGCGGCCAUGCUGCAGAAAUCCUGGAUUUUAUGGUGAAUAAGGAAGCAUCCACGGUUGUCACUGCUUCUGGAGAUCAAACUGCAAAAGUGUUCUACCUACAGCGGCCCGAUCGGUAGAAGCAAUUUCAUCUCUUUUAACUGUGCUGUCCUCAGAGCCCACACCUUACAGACUCAGCAGCAGACUCAACACCUUGUGUUACCUGAAUUGUGCUGUGCAACAAGGACUCUUUCUGUUGGACUUUUUAAAACAAAAAAUAAAAUGUUUGCAUUUUCUGCUGUAAAUUUCAAGAAAAGGCAUGUUUUGGAACAGAAACAGAAAAAGAAUUUCCAAUCUUCGUGAAUCUUUUCCAAACAGCUCUAGGUCCUAGAGUAGUUGCUUCAAGAGGUUUGUUUGGCCUGUAGCACUUAUGCGGAAUUAUUGGCACUACUCAACAUAAAGCAGCUUUACUCUAUAUCUAACCCCAUACUGUAUCUGGGAAGUGUUUGAUGGGGACAGUGUAAAGGGAGCUUUACGCUGUACCUGACCCCGUGUUGCCUAUGUCCUGGGAAGUAUUUGAUGGGGACAAUGUAGAGAGAGUUUCAUUCAAUAUCUAGUUCCAUGCUGUACCUGUACUAGGAAUGUUUGAUUGGGGACGUGUAGAAGAAGCUUUACUUCCAGCCUAAAAAAUUAGAGUAAACCUCCCUAUAUCUGA